UCAUCAGGCUCAGCUCUAGCAGAGCAGGAGGGAGAGGUUUUUUCCUGCACUGAGCUCCCCAUCAGGUGCAGGAGCAGGAGGAACAGAGGAGAAGGCAGUGUCAGGCAUCCCAGACACAGGUCCAGCAUGGCAUCUCUGCUGGACAGCAUAGCCAGACCUUCUGCUGUCAUUCUGCAGCUGUCUGUGGUGCUUGGUGUAGUCUUUGUGCUGCUGAAGGCGGCCCAAUUCUACCAGAAGAGGAAGAAACUCAUCAAAGCUCUGGAAGCAUUCCCUGGUCCCCCAAAACACUGGCUCUAUGGCCACAAUCACCUGAUAACUACUGAAAACAUAUUAAACCAGUUAUUGUUAUGGGGAGAUGAAUAUCCCUAUGCCUUUCCAAGAUGGUUUGGACCAGUCCUGCCUGCUCUAAUAGUCCACCAUCCUGACUAUGCCAAAGUCAUAGUUAGCCAAACGGAACACAAGCCCAGUGUACCCUACAAAUUCUUAACUCCCUGGAUUGGGGAGGGACUGUUGAUUUUGGAGGGAGCCAAAUGGUUCCAGCAUCGGAAGCUGCUCACCCCAGCUUUUCAUUAUGAUGUGCUGAAAACUUAUGUGACCCUGAUGUCAGACUCAGUCAAAGUGAUGCUGGAUAAAUGGGAAAAGAAGAACACAGACAGGAAGUCAGUGGAGCUCUUUCGAGACGUCAGCUUGAUGACACUAGACAGCAUCUUGAAGUGUGCCUUCAGUUAUAAUGCCAACUGCCAGACUGAAAGCAACUCAGACUAUUAUAUCAGAGCUGUUUAUGACCUGAGCUACCUCCUGAGCAACAGAAUCCAGAAUUUUUCUUACAAGGAUGUCUUCUAUAACUUGACUCGCAAAGGCCGGGAGUUUCAGGAUGCCUGCAAGCGGGCCCAUACCCACACAGAUAAGGUAAUAAAAGAAAGAAAGAUGUUGUUCUCCAGUGAGAAGGAAUAUGACAAGAUCCAGAAGAAGAAACACCUGGAUUUUCUGGACAUUCUUCUUUGUACCAAGGAUGCAAAUGGAGUUGGGCUAUCUGAUGAAGACCUGCGGGCUGAGGUGGACACAUUCAUGUUUGAGGGCCAUGAUACCACAGCCAGUGGGAUCUCCUGGCUCUUGUACUGCAUGUCAUUAUAUCCAGAGUACCAGCAACGGUGCAGGGAGGAGAUCCGGGGAAUCUUGGGAGACCGGGAUACUGUUGAGUGGGAGGACCUCGGGAAGAUGACUUACGCCACAAUGUGCAUCAAAGAGAGCUUGCGCCUAUUCCCAGUGGUUCCUUCUGUGUCCCGACUCCUACAUAAACCUGUCACGUUUCCUGAUGGACGCAGCUUGCCAGCAGGCUGCCAGGUUGCACUGAACAUAUUCGCUAUUCACAGGAACCGGGAUGUGUGGGAGGACCCCGAGGUCUAUGAUCCCCUGAGGUUUUCUCCAGAGAACUCAGCACAGAGGCAUUCCCACGCUUUCCUGCCUUUCUCUGCUGGAUCCAGGAACUGCAUUGGGCAGCAGUUUGCCAUGAACGAGAUGAAGGUGGCACUGGCCCUGACCCUGCUCCGCUUUGAGCUCUGCCCUGACCCAUCCAACCCUCCCACACUGACACCACAGAUCAUCCUCAGGUCCAGCAGCGGGGUCCACGUGCAUCUGAAGAAGAUCCACUGAUCCCCUGAGGUACCACAGCAUGGGUCAAGACCUAUCCCAAGGACCACCCUUCGUCCAGAGGGCGACACCAACCAGACUCACCCUGGCCACCUCAGACCUCUCCCACAUUAACCUCCUGCUGCUGUCCAGGGGGGCACAGUGAGCCCUUUCAUACACACCCUGAACCCAGCAGGUCUAGGUCCCCUCCUUGCACCAGGAAUAGCACUGCCAAGUGAGUUUCACAGCACAGCUACGGCUCAAGCAUCAUCUCCAUGGGCAUCCUCCAUGUCCUGCUCAUCUCCACACAGACUGUCUGACAGGACCUCUGUCACCCUCAUGUCUAUAUGCACUGUUACCAGUUCCCUGCUUGGGCAUGACAAUGAAACUGGCAAGGUUUGUAUGGCUGUCUAAAGCCUGAACACUGUCCCAGCACAAUAUCCCUCCCCUAUCCCCAGCCUGAGAGUGCCAGGGCAGGAUAACUCCUCCCUACAGCCACUCUGCAUCCCCAUGCAUCACCCUCCACAUUAUCCCCGUAAUCCGCGCCGGGGCUGGCACUGUGCCUGCCGUCAUGGAGACAAAAGCCAACGGGGUUUUCUGCCCUGGCGCUGCACUUCCUUGAGCUGAGGGUGCUCAUGACCCAGCACAGGGACGUGUCACCAGCUAACUUGGAGAAACAGCCCUCCACACUGAAAACAAAGCAUGAUCAGCCUUGUUCUCCUCUCUGAAACGUGAAUACAGCCUUGUGGAGAUGCUCCCAAAGCGUGGCUUUCUUUGGCUUUACAUUUGGAGGGCCAGCGGGGUACAGGAUGAGUCCCAGCAGCCCAGAGGCAAGGCUGAGCCCGAGGGUGCAGCCCUGCGAUUGUUUUCUCAAGCCACAAAGGCUGUUUCAGCGGGUUUGCCCCUCCUGAGCCCAAGGAGCCUGCUUCCACCCCUCCCAUGCCAUGGGUCACCAAGUCCUUACCUCUGCCUCCGGGAAUUUCUGUGGUAAGGAAACGAUUGAAAUGAUCCGGGGUCAACCACAGCAAAACAAAGUCACCAUCCUCCAAGUGCUGGUGGCAAGAACAAACUCAGCUUGCAAGAAAACCCUAAAGGUCCCAAUAGGGAGCAUGAGUCUCAAGCCCUUUUCUGCAGAGGCUGAGACCUGGCUGCUCAGUACACGAGUGAGCUGCCCAAGGGGUGCAGGUGGGUGCUGACCCUGAGACCAGGCUUGUUUUAGGGAUGCAGGGACCCCCAUAGGGCCUCACCCCACCACUAUCCUUAGAUGGGCUCUGGGGCUAAGACCCAUCUCGGUGAGCUGCAGGUCCAGGGUGUGAAAUGGAUCACUAGGUGGCAGUGGGAGACCCUGAAAAACACGGAGUCCUCCCACGUCCCUGGGCAAAACCCCCUGGGCUUGGCAGGGAGCAUGGCCAAGCCCAGCAGGGCAGCUGAUGGGUCCCAUCUCUGAGGACGUCCCGGUCCUCAUUCCCUUCCUCAGCUGCGUCGCACAGCAGAGGAGGCUGCUCCAUCACAGUCCCCAGCUUGAAGGUGAUACUGCCCAUAGCACAGGGAAAGCUUGGCACUGCAAGUGCUGGGCACUCAGCAGGCAUUAGGGGAAACUGAGGCAUGGAGGACAGCACACAUGCCAUGCCACAGAGAUAAGGCUGUCUGUCCAGCUUCUGCCCACGGCAACAGCAUCAUCAGCAUCACUGCAAGCACUCACAUAGCCACACCAUGUCCAUUCCUCCAGGCAGCUCACUUCUGCUGAUGGCCAGACCAGGACAGCCAAACCUGAGCAUGUCCCCAUCUGAAUAAACCACUGCAGUCCCCUCCCUCCCAUUUCCAAUGCCUGCUGCAAGCUCAGUUUGAGAAACAAAAUCCUUCUAGGGCUGGAUCCAGACCUCCAUUUUGGCUAACAGGUACCUAAUGGGACAGGGAUGCUGUGAAUAACCAGCAAGGUGCAGGCUGCAUAUAUUUUGCAAGGCAGCUGGAGACGGAGUUCCUCUUCUCCCUUUUUCACCCUCAGGAAGGGACUGGAUUUAGGUUGUGUAGGUGCCAAUGCCAUCAUCCUUGCACUGAUGGCGGACUCAGGCUGGUAUCAAAGGUUCUCUGCCUCCCUGGUUCCAGCACAGCAACUGGAAGGCAGCAUUUUGAUAGCAGCUUUUCAUUACUGGCCCUAUUUUUCAGACCUUUCAGCCACCCAUCCAGGAACAAACAAGCCACCUUGCAGCUCUGCUCAUCCCAGCCUGUCUCCUGGGUGAUGGGGUUCAAAGGAAGCUAGGUAGCACUUGAAGAUGCCCCUACAACAUCUUCUGGCUUGGGCAUGAUGGGAUAAGGCCAGAGCAGGAAAAGUUAGAGCUGAUGAGGACCCACAGCUGCUGCCUAUACCUGUAUGUGUACAGUGCCCUGCUUGGCCUCCCAGCCCUGUGCUUGGAGGCCAUCACCCUAUUCACUGCCAUGACCAAGGCUGCUUGUUUGGUUUCCAAAGUGUUCGGACUGUUACGAAUGGCCAAACCCCAACUACUUCCAGCAGAGACCUUCCCCAGGGAAACUGCUCUGAGAAAUCUGCUUGGGAAAGAGGGAAGAAACUACCACCAUUUUUUAUGGAAAAGAAAAUGAAUCAUUAUUGAACAGUUCUGACAAUAAUUGAGUCAACCUGAGCCAAACACUUUAAAGUCUCUCCCCAUUAAGAAUCACACUUAACCCAGAUGUGCAGUUUGAAGGACCAAAGCUUUGGGGGAAGAUCUCACGGCACCGACACAUCAUGAAGCCAUAAUGCAGCAGCAGCAGCCAGGAGAAAAUUCUUCUGCUUUUCAGCUUAUCCAGGUCAAACCAGGCAACCCAAACAUCCCCCCUGCCUUCAGAUGCUGGCAGUUUCUGGACAGCAGCGUGUACAAGAUAACCUCCUCUGCCAAGCCACCACUAAACUGCUUUGAGAGCAGCAAAAGCAGCACAAGGAGCCGGGCAGCACCCGGUGACACAGAUCUAAUCACCCCACCAUUUGCCCCAAACGUCUCUCUGCCAGGCAGUGACAUUUCUACGCUGUCUCAGCUCUCUCCCUCCAUCACCAUGGUUACAACAGCCGCCAAUCCACAGGCGAGUCCUUCCUAGGUACCACCAAGCCCUUUGGGAGAUGCUUCGAGAGCCAGCCCCUUUGGCAGGGAGACACUUCGGGGACCCCGGGACAGCCCAUAGCACCAAAAAUUCCCCUUUUUUCUUCUUUCCCUCCUCCUUUAUUAUUUUCUCUUUUUCUCCUUUUUUUGAAGCACAAACAAUGGAGCUAAAAGGUUGGGUAUCAGGCCGAUAAUCAUGAAUGACGUGUCGUUAUUACACACCACACAUUCAUUAUCUCCCAGUCCAGCCAUGUCACAGGCGGCUGGAGGAGGGCAGAUAACGGGGUGCCUUCAUGCAGAUGGCUUAUUAUCAGGAUGUUCCAGGAGGGGCUUUAAGACAGUUAGUGAUGCUGUUUGCCAGUUAAAGAUUAGAGACCCCAGAGAAUAAUUAACAAUCCCAAACCCCAGUUUUUCUGCUGGAUUCUUCUGCUUUCUCCCCCCUCCCCAUCCUCUUUAAUCUAUUCACUCUAGCAGGUGUAAUAAAGCGAUAAGGACAG